AUGUCUCCUUCGUCCACAUCAGCAUCCACCCCUCCCUCUCACGGCGUAGCACGCAAGCUCAGCGGUCUCUUAUGCACCCAACAGCAAGCUAAAGUCUCUGCGAGUCCUCAACCAGUUUUCACCCCGAAAGCCCUCUCUCGAAGCGCUGUAGAUCUGGAUAGGAACGAUCCUAACACCUUCCGUGUUGACCUCAAGCCUGCUCAGGGUGGCCCCAACUCGAAGGACGCGAAGGGAGUACCGGUACGCCAGUCGAGCACGUAUAGCGAUGGAUCGUCUUCUUCGUCUGGAAAGUCGAAUAAUGGAUCCCUUGACACUUCCGCUGGCCUCUCGAAUGCCGAAAAGGCAAAGCAGAAGGCCGUCGUGGAACGCCGUAUUAUCGACCCUGCUACCUUCGGGAACGACGACACGCCAGACACCAAUCUCGUUCAUGCGAUGAGCAAGGUCAACAUUGGUCAAACGCACACAGCUAGGCUUGUUAACGACAAGAAUACGACUGCUCUGUCUCCUCCGCCAGAGCAUCUUAGGCGCAAGAAAUCUUUCUUGGACACUAAGGAGUGCAAGUGA